GGAGUAUGUCUUGGCUGGAUGAAGUGCCCUUCAAAAUCCCUCUGGGCUCCCUUGGAGAGGUCAAAGAGGAGGCGGAACUUGUCACAGAUCCAGAAAUCAUUGUGCCAGACUAUCUAAAGAUCCUCCAGGAAACAGAGUAUGUCUUCAGUCUAGAGAACUGGGUUCUGACGGGUGUGCAGGGUGGCUACAGCGUGCCGAAUGACCUCCACCCAUCUAAGGUGGCAGCGACUUGCCCUCCAUACUGGAUGUUGUUCAGCAGUCCUCAGCAGAGCAGGCUGGCUAGCCGCUGGAGCAGUGACUUCUGGGAGCCCAAUCCUCGGCGACGCAGCCACAGUCUUAAUGCGGCUCACAUCCAUGCUAUGAAUGACAGAGUCAAGUUCAACAUUUCCAAUUCGGAUGAUGAUGACGACUCUUCUGAUAACGAGGAGGCUUCUUUGUCAAGACCAAAAUAUAAGGAUUCAUGCUUAAGAAGACAAGUGCUAGAUGUGAAAGUCCUGCAUUCUCGUUGCUCUUCAGAUCUCCUCAACCUACCUUCACCUUGUGGCCUCUCCUCACAGCAGCGCUCCAGCAUCCUACAAUGCUCUCUCCCAAAUUCGGAAACACAAGGAAGGAACUUGUGGAAAAUCCACAAUCAUGAUGACUCAUUUCAUGAGCUUUCAUCUCCAGGCCUGAACUCUAGCAUGCCCCUACCCCCCACACGGCCCCUCGGUUCCCAUGCAACAGUCCACGACUCCUCUGUGGAACUGCUCUCAGCUCUCAGCCCUGAAGAACAGCAGCUCUUGGAGGCCGUGACUGAGCAUGGAUACUCAUUACGGACAGCCAUCAUCGCCCUACAGAAAACGGGCCAUCGGAGCCCAGAGCAGAUCCUGAGUUACCUUGUGGCAUGUGACCAUCUUUGUGAACUUGGCUAUGAUGAAGCUCAAGUAGAGGAAGCUCUGGAGAUGUUUCAGAACUGUGAGACGAAGGCCGAGGAGUUUCUUCACCUCCUCACUCAGUUUCAUGAGAUGGGCUUUCAGCAGAAUGCUAUCAAGGAAGUCCUGCUGAUGCAUGGGAACCAUCGUGAUCGUGCCCUGGAGGAGCUCAUGAUGCAUGUCACCUGAUCAACUCAGCCAUACACAGUACAUUUUUGUAUAUUGAUUUUG